CGAUGUUUGGGCUGCUGCGAAGGCGCUCGACGAGGCGGGCCAUCGCGGACCCGCCGGCUUCCCUCGCCGACUAUGAUCGAGAAGACAUCACAUUCCAAGCAAAGUUGUUUGACACGGUUGCGGUUGGGCCACUGCUUCCACACUUGCACGAGGAACGCGCACGACAAGAAGCGCAAAGGCAUCGCUCGUUGCAACACACACAGCGCGUGUCUGUGCUGCUCAAGCCGGAUGCCAUCUACAUCAACAGCACGCCCGUCUCCUCGGUGUUGAUGAAGUAUGAACUGGACCGCGUUGUGGGCGCUUACCAAGAACUCCGAUGGUUUGCAACGCCGUUUCUUGUCCUGGCCGUCAAGGCUCUGCCAGAACGAACAUCGUCACCCGAGAUUGGUGGCGCAACAGAUGAAAACUACCAGCUCGUCAUCCUCUCCUGCAAACAGUCUGGCGCCGUCAUUGCACACAUUGCCCGACUCCUUGCUCUCAACGGCCUCGAUGCGCUGCGUGUGAGUGGCGGUCGCCCCGCGUCAACAAUGCCGCGUCCGGGAACAGCACCCGCACACAUGCGCGCACGCGGGCGACCCCUCCUCAAUGACGACAUCACAAGCAGUAGCAGCAAUGGUGGGCGUGGCAGCAGCCGCCGCCGCUGUCGCGCUGACACAAGCGAUGGUAACAUUGGUGUUGGUGUUGGUGUUGGUGUUGGUGUUGGUGCACCGAAAAGCGGGGACGACCGUCUGCUGGCAGGCAGGUCGCCGUUCUUUCCACAGCAACAACAGCAGCAACAACAGGGACAGCCGCAACAGCAGCAGAGGAUGUCGUGGCGGGAAGCAGUACGAACAACAUGGGAGUUGCAAGAUCAACAACAGCAGCGGCAGCAACACGAACAAGCACAACAGCAACAACACCACCAUCACCACCAGCCCUUUGCGUUUCCGAGGGAGGACGAUGCUGGCGCAUUGAAGACGAAGAAGAACAAACCGAGCAGUGGCGGUGGGGAUGGCGAUGACGGAUAUGAGGUGAUUAGCAGCGCCGAUGAACUCAGCGAUGACGACGGUGGUGGCAAGGGUGGGCACGCUGGCAUGGGCGAGAACGGGGCGCGCGCACGAAUGCGGACGGAAGGACGCACUGAGGGCCGGCGCCACGACGUGUUUGGUUCCGUCAACAGCAGUGACGAGGACGAUAGCGACGAUGGCUUGGUCAACAGCAGCGACGAAGAUGACGCACAAGCUGGUAGUGAUGGCGAUGGUGGCGGUGAUGCUGCGCUGGUCAACAGCAGUGGAUCUGCGAGUCCAAUUGAGCCGAUGAACAGCAGCGACGAGAGUGACGUGGAAGACACGCGUGCGCCGUCCCGUGGUCUCCUGCCACCAGUACCGCCAGCACGCGCCCAUGCCGCCGCCGCCACCACCAACACGAACGAUGGCAGUACCAGCAGCAGCGACGACGACGACGAUGAUGACAACGUGAGCGUGAUCAGCUCCAUGGGCACGGACGACGAGAUUGAGGAGGACAGCAGCAAGCGCAUCUCGUCGUCCCGAACAUCACUGAGCGACAUGGUGGAGCUUGAUCCCAGCGAGGACCGAGACUGGACGUGUCGCAACUGCGGUGCCGUCAACCGCGGCCUGUACUCGGACCAGUGCAAGCAGUGUCACACGCUGCGGCGUGACGAUGUCUCUCAUGGUGGUGAUGGUGGUGAUGGUGGUGAUGGUGGUGAUGGUGGUGAUGGCGGCACCACCCCACAUGCUGGUGUUGCUAUGUCUGCUUCCGAUGCUGCUGAUGCGACAAUACCGUCAAAAACAACAACAGGACAAGACGUGGAAACGACGGCUGCACCAGGACAUGGAGCGUUCCCUGCUGCUCGCGUCUCGACCGCCAUCUCGUCAUCAUCGUCGCCGUCAUCACAGAAUUCUCAAUCGCAGUCACAAUCACAAUUGCGCUCACAGACGCAAUCGCAGACGCACUCCCCCGCGCUGAAGAUUGUCACGCGUGGGUCCUCGUUCUUCGUCAACGGCGACAUCUAUGCCACCGUGGUCAAGUCGCCCGCAGCGCGGUCCGCACGCCUCUCAUCACCGGCAACACGCCGGGAGGCAGAUGGUGCGACCACCGCGUUUAGCUUUGACAUUGCUGGUGCAAACACGCUCCGCCCGUCCACGGCACCGUCGUUGACAUCGCCAUCGGCCUCGGCGUCCACGCUGCUGCACCCACCAGCACCAGCACCAGCACCAACAACAACAGGAGUGGGAGGAGGGAGUGCGGACUUGCUGACACCGCCACCGCUUCCACCGCGCCCACGCUUGCGGCCGGCGUCGCAACAGAGGCAGCAGCAGCAGUGGCCCGAGGCAAUACCGGAGGCCAGCGAGGAGGAAGAGGAAGAGGAAGAGCAGGUGAUGCCGGGUAUGGAGGAAGAGAAGGAAGAGGAGACGAAGGGCCAGAGUGGUGAGCGGGAUGAAGCAAGUGGGCGCAAGGGUGCGGGUCGGCCUGAGGACCGCAGCUGGACGCGGGAGCAGCUGGUCGCGCGCUUUGGCCGUUCAAACCCGUUCCUGGCGCUGCUACUUGGCGACUACACCCACAAUGGUGGCGAUGGUGACAAUGGUGGUGAUGGUGUGGAGGCAAGCAUGAGGGCACAGGGGCGCCACCGCCGCAUGCAUCGCAGCCGCUCCCUGUUUGUCCAGGGCCCAGCGCCGCGCGUGCACGACGACGACAACAGUACCAGGCAGCAGAGGCGAAGUGGGGACACACAGCGCCGCGGCCGACGGCGGCAGCAGCAGUCGCAGCAGCGGCCAAAGGGAAUUGAUCCAACCAACCCUUUCUUCCACGACAUUCAGGGGUCCAGCAACGCGUGA